UGAGAAGAACGAUGAGACGGAUCAACAUGUUAUAUCUGAUUCUGGUGCUUCAGUUUACAGCAGCUGUAACUGGACAGAAGGACCUCUACUUGACUGUCGGAGUUGGAGAUGACGUCACUUUGUCUUGUGAAAGUCUGAUAGAGGAUCAGAAUAACUGUGAGAGCACUACAUGGAUCUUUAGUGAAUCAACAAACACAGCAGUAGAUCUGAUCUCACGUGGCCAACUUGGUAAAAGUGCUGGAGCUAAAUCAGACAGACUGAGUGUCUCAGAGAAAUGUUCUCUGGUUAUAAAGAAGAUCACAGAGAAGGAUGCUGGUCUUUAUGGCUGCAGACAGAUCAGAUCAGGACAAAUUCAAGACUCUUCAGUUACCCUGUCAGUUGUUACCAUGACUGAAGAGAAAAACACUGUUGAUGAUGAGGUGAAGUUUAGAUGCUCCUUGUCGAUAUAUGAUCGAUGUCCACGAACAGUAAAGUGGCUGUUUCAGGGUCAAGCUGUGGAUAAAAACAACCCACAACUGAAGACAUCACAGUCUGACUGCUCCGCCUCUGUAACCUUUCCUACUUCUCACUUUGGUUACACAUCAAGGUAUAACUCUUUUAAGUGUGAAGUGACUGAUGGUAACACUCGUGAGGUGAAGCUGUUUUCCUUCAGCCCUCCUCAGUCCUCAGGUGAGAACAUGCUGAGCUGUGUAAAGUGA